CUGAGCCCAGACACUGGCGAGGAUUAAUGACGGAAUGAAUCAGAGUUCCUUAUGAAUGAUGACUCGAUUAGUUCUUGAUUGAACAGUAGAAUGCGUCGUUCGCGCAGUUGCACAACCAUGGAAUAUCGAUAUCUGUUGCGCGGUCUGUCAACAAGUAUUCACACUGCAAAUUUGUUCCUCCCACACAAGAAGUCCCACUGCCGGGGAAACUGGUAGGGCAGCUAAUGGUAGCUACAGUAUCUUGCCCGGUGCCGAUUUCAGGAAUAGGAGCAACCACUACUGCAUCACUAAUAAUCGUUGGACACUUGAUAUUUUCUCUUUGAACCUUGCCUUCUUCCGCAAUUUCGCCGAUAGAGAAUUCGUCGCACUGGGUCAAUUCGAAGCAAUCACUGUAAGUGAUUACACACCAUGGAUCCCAUCUCUUUCCACACCAACUGUCAACUUCGAUAAUCGCUGCUACAAGAGGAUCACACGAUUCACCUGGGUUUUCCGCAAAGAAAAGCAUGCAGGGAUUAUCUGGACAAGUAAUAAUGGCUUCUUCAAUUGGAGGCAGCGUGGGCUGAGGUGUAGGAUCCAAAGUGGGCAAAGGUGUUGGCUGAGCAGUCGGCUGAGCAGUCGGCUGAGCAGUCGGCUGAGCAGUCGGCUGAGCAGUCGGCUGAGCAGUCGGCUGAGCAGUCGGCUGAGCAGUCGGCUGAGGUGUUGGAUCUGGGGUGGGUCUCGGAGUAGGGAUUGGCGUAGGCGGGUUGGUUGGCAAAGCAGUGGGCUGUGGAGUGUAUACAAACCGAGUUGGUGGCUCUGUAGGUAAUGCAACAGGUGCGGGUGUAGGUCUUGGAGUCGGCGCAGGUGUGGGCUCAGGGGUAGGCAACGGCGUUGGACGAGGACUAGGUGGGAUUACAGUAUCUUCGAUUGGAGGCAAAGUUGGCUGUGGUGUUGGAUCUGGAGUGGGUCGAGGAGUUGGCAGCGGAGUGGGUCGAUGAGUUGGCUUCUCUGUUGGCUGAGGAGUGUAUACAAAUCGAGUUGGAGAUGGCGUCGAAGCCUCUUCUUGUGGUGCAGGUGUCGGAGGAACAUAUGCAUCUUUCGAUCCUUUGCUGCCUUUGAAUCCUUUCGAUCCUUUCGAUCCUUUGUUGCCUUUGAAUCCUUUCGAUCCUUUGUUGCCUUUGAAUCCCUUCGAUCCUUUCCCUCCCUUCAUUCCGAAGGCGACUGCAGACGCUAUCCCUUUCGAACCUUUGGAGCCAUAAUAGUUGCCUGAGCUUGCCCUCCCGGAGGUAUAAUAGUUACCACCUGAAUUUGCCUGAAAUUCGAGAUGAUUCAUAACAGUUAAGUAAAAUUCAAUACAUAUUAGAGAAUAGCAAGAGAAUAACAAGCACGCCGGACAUUUUGGAGAAAUGCGAACAUUCUAAAUAGACAUUCGUAAAAGAGCAACAUCAACUUACCUUGGCUGUCUUUGUGUAAUAGCUCAUGUGCUGAAUCUUGGAACCUGCGUUCGGGGUCACUUUCACGCUGGUGAUUGUCUUCUUCAGUGUAGUAUGAACAAUAUCUUCAAGUGCAUUGUAGAAACGGCCUAGUGGAAGCCCAACACCCAAGUUUCUAUUCGAUGACGCUACGUCUCCAAAAGUUUCUGGGUAUUGAGACGCGAAGGCUAAAUCAUCCGGGCAACCAUCGCAGGAAAUCAUGGUUUCCACUUGAAGUACCAAGCUGUACUCGCUAUCAAAUGUGUGGGAGAUGGACGAGUCCCCUUCAUUCUCCAAGACGACGUGUUCCUUUAGGCUUUGGUCAACGAUGCUAGUGCCGUACAUCCAGCGCUUAAAUUCGUCGGAGCAGCCACCGGAAGCAUCAUUGUAGGCCUCUAGGAGAGCUGUUUCAAACUCUUUGGCUUGAGUAUCAGUUAACAUAGUUUUCGAUUGUUCUGCAGAAAGCGUGAUCUCCAAGAUGGGUUGGUGGGCGUCUUUGACAGCAAGAUGGCAUGGCUCGCUCAUACUGCUUUCAACGCUCAGAGUAUCAUCGUUUUUCUUUUUGAAAAUGAAGUAUCCGACGACAGCACUACUGGCAGCCAAUACUACGACAAGAAGCAAGGCACCUGAGUAGAAGCACUUCCGUGACCUCUUCUCGGGAGUAGAAUUAUCAUUCAUUCUCAUGGUGAUACUAUGUGAAUUUAUUUCUGGUAUUGUAGGUAUGUCGUGGUCCUAAAAAAUUCAAUGUGGAAGAUUAUGAACCCUCCAUCGUUUUGACCUUUAUCAGUUUCGUUGGAGUUUUGCUGUACGGCAGAUAGUAUUCGUGGCAAAUUGGAAGGAAGAUUAUUUGAAAAUUCAAGCUGUGUUGACACAUUGUGUGUCGUUCAGCAUAACGGCUUCGUCUCUAAGUAAUCAAUUCAAAUUGUUCUUGUAUGGAUCACCCCUUAUCCAAUACACGACGUGUUGCGAGCGCGGCGACUCUUAAACUCAACUCCGAUUAGUCCCGGAGUCUUGAUUUUAUUUCUUGCUUCGCGCCAAAUGUAUUUUGUAUUUUGUGUUUCUUGAAGUUCUAAACUUGGUCAAACUCACAUCGUCAUUCAACUGCUAGACCCGGAAAAACCUUCCUCUAAAAAUUUAAAUUUUAUGUGCGCGCGCAUGAAUAUUGUACAAGAUAUGUUGCUCGUAAUUUGAUUGCUGUUUAUUCGUGUCUUGCACGAGUUUGAAAUUUUUUUGAAACCGGUACGUACCGGUACUAGUACCGUACGUAUCGCAUCGGGACCCAUCGCAUCAUCACACUGUGUGACGUUACGUACGUACGUACAAACGUGCCAAUAGUACAUACGAUACGAUACGUACUGUACAUCCUACCGGUAGUUUUUCAGUUUUUAGAUUUUCAAAUUUACGAAAAACUUGGAAAGUGUGCGUACGAGUUUAAUUGGAGUAAAAUGCGUUAAUCAUAAACCCUACCACGUCCUCCAGGGCAAAAAGGCAUUCUACUCAAACACCAAAAAUAAUUACUAGUAGCAUCCCGAUUCAUUUUGAAGCCCAGUAUUUAGUACUGAUCCUACAAAGAUCUACUAGUAUUUGGUCACUCUUUCAACCCCAAACAGUUCAAUAAGCUAACCACAACAGCUCUGGAAAGGCCUCUAAUGAGAUCCCCUUUGGGGAUAUGCUCAGUCCUCAUAGCUAGUGUUAAGACGAUUGGUGAUGUGUGUCAUUUUUGGGAGUGACUAUCUACUAGUAGUAAUAGCAGUGAUGGAAAUCAAAUGGUGCAUCACCUUUGAACUGUAUGCAUUGUUCAUCUUGUUGGUAAAGUUAGGUGAAGUUGAUGAUUGUGGAACACAAUGUCGAUGAAUGAUACCUUUGGGUGAAAAGGAUGGCAUCGGCACCAGUUGAUGCCCUUCUUGUAGGCAUGAUGAAAGGAAGUGGUGUAGUCUUGAGGCUCUUGAGCAAAAAAGACAAUUGGGAAUAAAAGAUGUUUUGAUUUGAAUCAAAAUAUGUUUUAUGAGGUGACUGUUGUGAAUUGAUAAUUUGUUUUGUUUGUAAAAGUGUUGCUGGUUUUCAUGGAAAGCUUCAGUGAGGAAUUGUUGAAGGAGGAGUUUUACGGCAAAGUGUGCUGGUCUCGUAAAGUGAGAUGGUCUCAAUUCUUGAAUGUGGGAAUAAGGGUAAAUGGCCAAUUGUGCAAAUGUGGGAUUCAAUUUUUAAUGUACGUGUGGGAGUUAAAAAUUAUGAUGGGAGUGUUAAUGCUGAAUAAGUUCCGAAAAACAAGAAUGUGUGUCUUGAAUCAAGAUUUUAGAUUUCGAAACAAUGGUAGAAUUUUUUUUGAAAGUUGACCAUGGUGAGUAUGGUGAAACAAUAAAUUACAGUUUUGUUUCAGUGAAUGAAUGUCAAUGUGUCCUUAGUAGUUGUUACUUCUUUGUAUGUGCGAUGACAGUUUGUUGUUCAAUGGCUCAUGGGCAAUUGUAUGAGGUAGAGUCUUGUGAGGAGAGAGUACACCUAAAAAAUCACCAUGGUGGUGGUGAUUUUUAUUGGAAUGGUGUGCCAUAACCUGUGGGAGUGACUAUCUAAUAGUAGUGAUGUCAAUCGAGUGCUACUAGAAGAAGAAAAGUGAGUCGAUGCUCUUAUCAAUGAUCAACAAACUAUGAAAUCUAAAAUUGAUAAGAAUGAAGAUCGAGUGAUGUGUGAAUCAAAUGAGUCAAGUCAGUCAGGUCAGUGAAUCAAACAAAUCAAGUCAAUGUGUUACUAUUUUAAAAUGGUGGUUUAGAUACUAGGAUUGACCUGUACUUGUACUACUACUAGUAGUAGUAAUAGAUAUUACCUCCUCCUGUCACAGUAAAGUAACAUAAAUAUGAAAGAAACAAAAAGUUGCUGGUACUAGAAUGUUGUAGAGACUCUGCUACUUAUCCUUGUUAAUAGCUGUUGCAUGACUCUGAUAAUACCAGUAGGAAUAACACAUUAGAAACUGUUGGGUUUGGUUAGUAGUAGAACUAGGAAAACAAACAUUGAAAUUUGCUGAAAUAUUGAGCUUCUAGCUGUCUCACCACCACCACCACCACCACCAAGAGUAGCAGCAAAGGUGUUGACUUGUCAAGACCUUUAUCAGGAGACCAAGAAAAUAACAUUAUUCCAUCCCAGUGUGGUAUGUAGUACGAGUACUAGUACUAGCAAUGUAAGGCUUUUUGAUAUAACAAGAACUAAUGUAGACCAGAAACACAACAGAAAGGAAACAAAAAGGAAAUGCAUCUCUGGUUUCAGAGCUUGGACGCACAAUAUUGAUUCUAGUUAGUACUAGUGAUAGUUAGUACUAGUGGUACUAGUAGUCAUGGUAGAAUUUUCAUGUUGUUACACUUGUAUGUAUUGUAGCACUACAAAGUAAUACUGGCAAUCAUACUAAUAUCAGUCUUUUUGGUGAAACAGGCCAAAAGGCAGUUUCAGUGGUUUUGAGUAAACAAUGGACGAUCGUUGUCACUGCCAGGUGUUUCGCAUUGAAAAGUUGCAAAAAUAUGACAACUCAACAGGUUUAGAAUACAACUAUUUUAAAUACUAUUAAUAGGAAGUACAGUACGUAGUAGUACAAUCGAAAUGAUUUUUCCGCUUUCGGUUUAUAUUCAUCCGGGCAGCUACUUUUUGUUAUUUUAUCAAAUCCAUUAUUCCAUCGCUAUCCAUGACAGGAAAGAUUCUCAUAGGAUGUGCCUCAGUGUUGAAUACGUGUUUAUGGAGCAAGUCAAUUGGUGUCUCGGGAUCGAAGAGCAAAUACAAAUACUUCAGUGUCUCGGCGAGGAAAAAGCUCUCCAUAGUGUCUCGUGGUUUGAUUUUUAAAUUUUGUACAUCUGACAAUUCACCGUACCCGACUUUGGUUUUGCAAUACCGUUCUAUGGCCUGAAAAACCUCCCAGCCCCACUCUCUAUAGACAGGAUCUCCGGUCAAAUGGUAAAGAACAAAGAAGGAUUCUACAGUUUCGGGCCGCAGCAAGUAGUGGGGUGCGCCUCUUCCGGGUCCGAAGUCGUCUGCAUCCAUGUGAAAUUGAAUAAAUUCUGGACUGAUUCCUGUCGGCAUUCUGGCAUAACUUUGAUAGCACGUGUAUGUCAGAGCCUUUUUUUUUUUUCAAGAGAGAGGAGGAAACAGGAGAUAAUAAAGAUCAUAAGAAACGAAAGUUUGUUUCAACCCAAGAAUCCUCGAUACUGCAUACAAAGAGAAGGACUCGACGGGAAUAGACCGGGCUAGUGUGCCCGAUAUAAAGAGCUAUAUACUCGUCUUACCUUGGCGGUUUUUAAAUCUCGCUGCGCGCGUUUCGAGUCCAGGCCUUGUGGGUCGGUGUAGGCUCCGAGAGCAAGCAGACCACCCAUGAAGCAAACCAAAUGAUCCAUUUUGUGAUCCAUACGUCCGUUAUUUUCAUCGGCAAUGAAAACUAAUUCAGAAGGACGGGAAACCGAAAGAAGCCGGUCGUGCAUGCCUUGAAUAGAUUUGUCGUACAUCUCUCUGUAGAUUGGUUCCGUUUGUCCGCCCUGAAUCCAAAUUUUUAGCAUGUAUUCGUAGAAAGAAUCAGACAUAGCCCCAAAAGUAAUUUUUUGGUUGUAGAUCGUCGCUCCGUCUUUCGUGCCAUGAAUCGACCAAGGAUACAGGCCAUCUUUUACGUUUUCUACUCUAUUCAUCCUUUGAAAGACCUCUUCGCUUUUCAACUUGUAAUCUCGAAUGCCAGAGAAACGUGCCAGGGCACGAUUUUCGAUCUGCAACGUGGUAAACUCGGACAGAAUGACAGCACCUGUCGACAUCCAUCGCGCCUUUUGUGCAUUCCCCGUUCUAAGGUUCACUUGACUAGCCGGUAGUCCAGACUCCGUAUCAAAGGCUUUAAAGAGGCGCGCCCCCAAAUCCUUAGCUUGGUCGAGAAAGACUUCGUCUUGGGACCAAUCGUACGCAGACAAAAGACCUCCGAGGGAUCGAAUUGUAGUCUCAAAUACACUGACUUGAACAUCUUUGUUGUGAGACAAGCUGGUCUUGCACCAGUCUCUCGCACGAUAAAAUUCGUCUGUCAUGUUCAUCAACCAAAGGGUAUCUAAACUAUCCACUAGCGUCGUCCCAAGCCCGCCCCAGCGUAUUUUACCUCUCUCGCUUACGGGUGCUAAUUCGUCCAUACCAAAAGCAUAUUUUUCGUAUCCGCGCCAGGCGUGUUCCAUCGCUUUUUUCACGUGGUAUCGCCGACUUCUAGCCAAAGCAUCGGAUUCGUUCGGAGCGUACGUGUAGGGAGAAUCGCCGUGUUUGUAUUCCUCGAAGCGCUUUCCACCAGGAGCCGUCCACGUUGUAAAAUCGUGAUCCUUUGCAACUUCAUCUCUGGGAUAAUAUGGAAAGCUCCCAGAAGUCCCUUCUUGGACUAAAUGAUCCAUAAACUUCUUUUUCGCCUCCUUCAUGAAAUCGUCGAGAGACUUGGGUGGUAUCUUUUUCGAGUCGUCGGGGUCGUAUUCCAAAAUAUUACGUUUUCUGACAUGUCUCUUCUGUCGCGAAAAGGAACUUCUCCCGGCAUCAGCCGUUGCAUCAGCCGUUGCAUCAGCCUUUGCAUCAGCCUUUGCAUCACCCGUUACAUCAGCCGUAGCAUCAACAGCAACCGUGCUAUCUCCAGUGUGUCCAACAUCUAACAUUACAAAACAUAAAAUGCUACCUCCAAUGAUUCCGAACAAAAACAACACCGCGCCACCUAAGAGCAGAGGACCCCAAUUGCGCUUUCGCCUCCUGGUUCCGCGACGACGGGACAAUCCAUUCGUUGCCAUCUCCUUGCUGAUUUUUCUUGUCUCGAAGCAAAUUAUCUGUAUUGUUUGUGUUUGAAUUGAAUAAAGCGUUUGUUGAGAU